AUGUUCAAGCGCAUAAAGAAAAAGGUAUCAAAGUUCGGCAAAGAGAAAAAAGUGGACGUACUCUCCAACGAUGGCUCAGUAGCAGGAGACCAAGGAGAGCAUGGCCAAAGCUCAACUCCCAUUAGCACUAUUGACGUCCAACAGAAAUUAGUAGACUUGUCUAGGUCGCCACACGACUCCGAAAGCGUAGUUUGGCCACCAGGAGAUGCUUCUGAGAGCAAUCACAAGGCACUUCAGACACCUGCCAGCAACACCCUGGACUCUGGAACAGCCUCAAAGCCUACACCAGACCUCGAGCCUGAGAGCUCCUAUGGCUUGAAGGAGCUUGUGGCCCAGCCACACGAUAAUGCCGAGGCCGUAGAUAUUAUCGCCAUUCAUGGAUUGGACGGCACUCGUGAAGGAACUUGGACCAAUCGAGAUACAAAAAUAAACUGGUUAUGCCACAAGGACUUCCUUCCGAAGAGCAUCCCCAAUGCUCGAGUCCUUAGCUUCGGAUACAACUCAAAGAGUUAUUUUAAUCGCGGCAACCCUGGCGUCAAUGACUUUGCUUCGGAGCUCCUUGCCUCGAUCAACAGCAGCAGGAGAACGCCUGAAGAGAAACAAAGACCGAUUGUAUUUGUAUGUCAUAGCCUGGGUGGCUUAGUGUUUAAAAAAGCGGUUAUCAAGGGCCAUGAAUGGGAUACGUUCUACGGUUCACUAAACCAAAAGAUUUGUGGAGUAGUAUUCUUUGGCACGCCUCACAAAGGCUCAAAAUUAGCCACCUGGGACACUAUCGGCACCCGCGUUACCCAGGCAGUAACCCUUGGCUUUGCGUCAAGUCCAAGUUUCGUUGAGGGUCUCGUAGUCGAUUCUAAAAUGCUAAAGCAGAUCUCUGAAUCAUUUGUUCCUCGCGCUGGUGCGUACAAGAUUCGGAGUUUUUAUGAAACUUUAUUCAUGAAGGGACUUAAUUGCCGCGUGGUAGAGGAGGAGUCCGCGCGACUAGAUUUGCCGAACGAGUUGGCAAUUGCUUCUACUUCAAAUCACUCCAACAUCUGCAAGUUUUCUAGUGCAAACGAUCAACGAUAUAAGAAUGCUAUAGAUGCCAUUCUGGCCGUCAUGGAUACAGGCACUCCGAAAGAGCCAUAUGCUGAUUUAGACCGAUUCUUCACAAUAAAUUACGACGAAGUCAUCUCAUCUGUUCCGGAACGGCAUCCAAACACCUGCGAAUGGGUUCUCGAUAAUAAAGUCUUCCAAGAUUGGCUCUCGGGUACUGGCCAUAACAUCAUGUGGCUCCAUGGGUAUCCCGGCAUGGGUAAAUCGGUAAUUGCACGGUACCUUGUGGAGGCCCUCGAAGAAGGGAGCCAACCAUCCCUUCGUCCAGUCUCAUCCAUGUUGGCAUUUUUCUUCUGCUCUUACAGGGAUAAGCAAGCCGUGAAGAUGGGAAACUUAGUUGCCUCAUUAAUUCAUCAACUUGUGUCUUUUGACCCAGGACUGGGUAAUGCAAUUUCACGAAAACCUCCUGCUAACAAAUCGGUCACUGAUAAUAUGAAGUACUUGUGGAAAGUACUACAAGAAGUCAUCGAUGCUAUUCAGAAACAGACUCUAUACAUUGUUAUCGAUGCACUCGAUGAGCUUGAGGUUGCCUCAUGGGCUACUUUCUUGGACCAAUUUCUAAGGAUCCUGGACGAAUCAACAGCAAAAGUCCGAGUCGUUAUAACAAGUCGAAAUGAAAGCGCAAUAGAAAAGGUCUUAAGCUCGCGAUCGGCUAGCCUGGAUCUCAGAAAUGGAAGCAAAAAUGAAUCUGACAUUUCAACCUAUCUUUUCGACAAAGUCUAUGCUUAUGGUCGUGAAAAUGACUUUGGGGAAGAAAUAUGCAAAUCAAUCCAUUCAGAGCUUGUUACAAAAUCUGAUGGAAUGUUUCUAUGGGCACAUUUAGCAUGGGAAUACUUCAUUGACGGAGUUGCGUUAUGGACGGCCAAGCUACUGCAAGAGAAGCUGGAAAACCUUCAGCAUUUACCACCUGGGAUUGAUACACUGUAUCAUCGAAUCCUUUCAAAGGUCAACAUUAAAAUGACCGAGGCAAUGCGUCAAUGCUUUGCGUGGAUUCUUGUCGCAGCUCGUCCCUUGACUAUUGAAGAGAUGUCUAUUGCGUUGGCACUUCGUGAAAGACCGAGUUGCUCGGCCGAUAUAGAGAUUCGCCUUAACUUGCGAAACUUUUUUAAGGUGACAUGCCCUCAUCUUAUUAAAAUCGACGACAAAGGUCUUGUUACUUUUGUGCACCAAUCAUUCGCUGAAUUCCUCCGGGAAACAAAUGUGAAAGUGGAUAUUAAACGUCGAAUCGCAAACAACUUUCGUAUCGACUAUGAUAAAGCCAGAUACAACUCCGGUUUGGACUGCUUGGUAUACCUUGCGCUAGAUGACUUCACUACAGAGACAAGUAUCUGGGUGAAAUCUGGUCUAUGGCCGGAAAUAAAUGCCUCAUUGUUCGACAAAUACAAAUUUCUCAGAUACUCUCUCCUCUGGCCAACACAUCUAAAGGAUUUAGACGAUGACGAUGCGGCAUGGGAUUAUUACGUUGCAACUCUUGAAGGAAACGACCGCCAUAUAAGAUGGGCGCCUUUCAACCCCCCCUCAUUCUUUCUUAUGUCUAAUGGAUUAAGGGGUCUGCUCAAGCGGAGUGUUCAACAUGGAUUCUACAUAAACACGCUUAAUUCAGAUGGAGUUCACAUUAUCCAUGCCGCCAUCAAACACUUCGAUACCAACUGGUUACGGGACGCCAAUUUCUUGUUUGGCCUAGGAGCUGAUAUCAAUGGCAAAGAUGCCUUUGGCCAGACGCUUCUUCAUCGGUUGAUAAGAACCGAGGAAGUGGAGGGAAUAAAGGAAUGGAUUGUGAAACCUGGACUUAAUGUUAACUCUCAGGACAAGCUUGGUCAAACAGCUUUGCACGCUGCUGCUCGUACUCAACAGUCGACAGUCGAAAUUAUAGACAUUAUAAUGACCAAACGGGAUGUGGAUGUUAAUAUCCAAGACCGCCAUGGCUAUACACCAUUAUGUCUCGCAACGCACUGGGGUCGAAAGCAAGCAGCAAUGAGUCUGCUACAAGUUCCAGGCAUUGAUAUAAACAAAACAAAUUCCCAAGGAGAGAGCCCGCUUCUUAACACUAUUAUACAAGGAUGGACCGAUGUGGCUCUUUUGUUACUUGACAAAAUGGACAAUAUAGACGGCUUUCACGAUACCGUGGGCCGCAACAUAUUUCAUUGGGCCGUAUUCCUGAAUAUGCCCGAGGUGUUUCAAAAAGCCAUAUCAAAGCAAGGAAAGGCUCUGGAAGCGGCUGAUAACAGGGGCUGGACACCACUACACACUGCAGCAAAUGAGGGAGAUGUUUUUAUUGUUCAACUUCUUCUGGAUCAACGGGUGUCUGCUACUUCGGUAAACAAAUUCUGCGAAACUGCUUUACAUCUGGCAGCUUCACAAGGACAUCUUGGAGUUGUUAAACUGCUGAUCAAUUACAUGCCAUUGUUUGCGGUCAAUGCAAAAGACUUCAAUGGCUGGACUGUAUUACAUCGCGCUCUCAUCUCAGGUAGGGACGAUAUGUCUUCUUCAUAUGGCGGCAUUCUUCAGUAA